AUGGCACCUCUAUGUCCCGGCUUUGCAAGAACCGAGAGCUUUCACAAAGCCACAGCAAACAACCUGAUGUCCCAUAAAAUCAUCUGCUUUCAACUAGAGAAGCUGAAACCUUCAGCUGUGGCGCAGAAGCUCUGCCACGACCUUGGAGUGGUCAGCAUCCCUAGGGCUUUAGUGAGGUUCCUGGUCCAAAGAAGCUUGGGGAUCCCGUAUUACUUGGAGGAGCUGGUGCACUUCCUUCGUUGCAACGACAUGCUCUUGUUCCGCACCAAGAAGUGGGGUGAAAAAGCAGAGGACAGCUGGGAGAACCUGAACACUUUUGCAGUCUUGGAGUCAUCCCUCACAGCAAGCUCAAGGUCCAGAGCAGGGGCUGCGGCCAUGAUCUGCAUUGUAAGGCCAGGCGUGAACCUGGACAGCACCAUGCUGCCCAGUAACUUGAAAG